AUGAGAGUGAUAACGUCCUUCGGCAUGGCUGGCGAAGGGAGCCCCUCCUAUGAACAGUUCUCUCAUCUCUACAGCAUUACCAAGUCCAAGUGUGCCGAUCACGGCGGAUGGGUGCAGGCGAACUGUCUCAGGGCUGCCGAUCGUGGCCACUUUGUCAGCUGGGUACCGACUUCACAGAAGUCAUGGAGGAAUCGGCGGGGCCACGUGCCGUUCGGUACCUUCUUUGGGUUCCGCGUUUACCGUAAAUUGAAGCAGCCGAUCGCAACGCAGGCCGAGAUCCAGCAAGUGGAGAGAGUGAGGAGAAAAGUCCCUGCCGAGAAGAGGGUGUAUCCGCAGUUCCUCUUCACCACCAAUCUGAUUCAGGCCCAGCUGGUCGAUCCUGCCGAGAUGACGGAAGAGAGGAGAGCUGCCGAGGCUAAGAGGAUGAACGAGUCCUCCAAGAGCCGCCUCAUGAUGGGCUUCCAGGGGAAGAAGAAGAAGAACCAACCGCAGGGCUCGGCAUCGGUAGACCCCGAGGACCAGACUCUGGCUGACCGUCUCCGUCAGCUCAACGCUGACUCGGCACAGGUCGGGGCGGCAGCGGUCGGCCCCUCUCCUGGCCGAGGCACCACUACCGAAGGGACUUCCUCCCGAGCUGCCGGCAAACGGCCCUUUACCGUCGACCUAGAUGCCGUACCGGCCCCAAAACGUGGACGGCAGGCCGAGCCUCCUCGGGCCAUCUUCGCUGCUGACAACGACGAGGAGCCUGCCAAUCCCGUCACCUUGGCUUGUCCGCCGAAGACGGUCCAGUUUGCGAACCACAUGAUCCUUGGUUCGCAAAUGGAGCUGAAUGAGAUCGAGGAGCUGCCGAAGAAGCUCCUUCGGGAGGAGGCGGGUCGCGCUUUCCGUCUUCAAGCAUCGGCUUUGAUGGACAUGUGGCUUUGCAUGAAGCGAGCCAUCAAUGCUGAGGCUGGCAAGGUUAUCCAGGAUCAUGCGAACCUGGCGAAGGAUUUGCAGGCUGCCGAACGGCAGGUCAGGGUUUAUGAGUCCAAGUUCGCAGAUCUGUCGUCAGCCCUGGAGUCGGCACAGCUAUCGGCAAAAGAGGCUCUGGAGGCGAAGGAAGCCGUUGAGGUGGCUCUGGAGGAGUCGGAGCGGACCAAAGCUUCGGAGAUUGAGGCUGCCGUCCAGGAGGCCAUUCAGAAGUAUCGCUACUCUCCCGAUUUCUCUACCUUGCUUGACAAGGAGGUGGGCUCGGAGAUGGUGGAUCUCAUCUACCGAUUCAAGCGGUACAAUCCUGGGACGAAGCUCAACUUGAACUUCAUUGCCGAUCCUCCUCCCCUUCCCGAAGGCGUUACAGAAGAAAUGAUUGAGGAGUAUGAAGGGGAAGACGCUCCGGGGGAGCCCGACGCCACUGGUGCCGAAGAGGCGGAUGCCGAGGAGGCUACCUGA